AUGGACACCCUGGGGAUGCACUGGACGCCCUACUUUAGCCCCACCCAGCGCCUCUUCGUGUCCUGGCAGCAGGGCCUCGUGGCGAGCCUGGGGGCGGUGAUGGGGGUCGGCUUUGUGAUCUUUCUUCUUUACAACCCGGUGAAGGAGGAUACGGUGCACCACACCGCCGUGGUCGCCUCGGAGGCUUUGUGCGAUAUCCGCCUCAGAGCCCGCGCGAUGGAGCUCUCUAAGGACGUCGUCGAUAACGUGCUGAACGAUCCCAAGACGCUGGAGUUGGUGGUCGCUAUCGCGGUGAAGCUGCUCGCGCAGGAGGAUAUAAAGAUCGCUAUCUCCUCGCUUUUGCAAUCACUGUUUGAGGACCAUUACACACAGGAGAUCACUAAGAAGUUCGUACUGAAGAUCCUGCGAGAUCCAUGGAUUAUGGAGCAGAUCCAUGUCAUCGCAAAGGAACAGACGCUGCAAAUUAUAGAAACUAAGGAAGUCAAAGAUGCUUUGAUAAAACUGAUCACCGAAUCAUCCGGGAAAAUGUUGGAUAACAUAGAAGUUCAACAUGUUGCAGCACGAGCCAUACGGAAAUCUUUUAUUCAGGCAAUCAAUCCCUUGCGAUAG